UAAAAUAUUAUUUCAAAUAUUCCUUUACAUUUUACACACCGUCUCCUCUCCUCCUCUAUAAUCUCAAAUCCCCCUCCUCUCUCUCCUACUUUCUCUCUAAAUUCUGUUGAUUCAAAAUAACAAUAGUGGAAUCAUAUGAGAAGAAUUGAUGAAUAGGAAUUGUAAUGUUAUAGUUUUUCUGAAUUUCAGUUAUGGUUUUGGGUUUGUGUGUUGUUAUUAAUGAAACCUCCUUGGAUUGAAUUGAUUACGGUUACAUAAAGUAGUGCUGUUGCUUUCCACGUUGAUAAUAAUUAUGGACAUCUCUGAAGUUGAAGAUCAUUUAGUUUCAAUUGGCGAGCCGAAGUGCAGUUGCAUGGUGGAAUGGGUAAGAGCCUAUGUUCUGUAUAUGUGAAAGCGUUGGCAAUAUUUCCUGAUAUAGAAGCAGCUCGGCCUAGAAGCACAUCAGGUAUUCAGGCAUUAUGUGCUUUGCACAUAGCACUUGAGAAGGCCAAGAAUCUUCUUCAACACUGCUCAGAAUGCAGUAAACUUUACUUGGCUAUAACUGGAGAAUCUAUUGUUUUGAAAUUUGAGAAAGCGAGAUGUGCCCUUGAAGAUAGUUUGAGGCUUGUUGAAAAUAUCGUUCCACAAGUUAUUGGUUCUCAGAUUGAGGAAAUUUUGGGUGAACUUCAGGGGAUUGUGUUCUCACUUGAUCCGACGGAAAAACAAAUUGGUGAUGAGAUCAUUGCAUUGCUCCAGCAAGGGAGAAACUUCAGCAACAAUGGCAGUGACAACAAUGAGCUUGAUUCUUUUCACCAGGCUGUUUCGAGACUUUGUAUUACCUCUUCAAGAGCAGCACUUAGAGAGAGAAGGGCUCUGAAGAAACUCAUAGAAAGAGCCCGAGCUGAGGAAGACAAAAGAAAGGAGUCAAUCAUUGCUUAUCUUCUGCAUCUUAUGAGAAAGUACUCGAAGUUGUUCAGAAGUGAGUUCUCAGAUGACAAUGAUUCACAGGGUUCAACACCUUGUUCACCCACUAUCCAGGGAUCUUUUAAGGAAGGUGGCAGCCUUGCACGCAAUGGUUUUCCUUUUGAAAGGCAACUUUCAAAACUUAGUUCUUUCAAUUUCAAAUCGAACUUCCGGAGAUCAGAGCAGAUGCAUGUCCCCCCUGAAGAGUUAAGGUGUCCCAUAUCAUUGCAACUUAUGUAUGACCCUGUCAUUAUCGCUUCUGGACAAACAUAUGAAAGGGUCUGUAUAGAGAAAUGGUUCAGCGAUGGGCACAAUACUUGUCCAAAAACUCAACAGCAACUCCCUCACCUUUCUUUGACUCCCAAUUACUGUGUUAAGGGUUUGGUGGCUAGUUGGUGUGAACAGAAUGGGAUUCCCAUUCCAGAUGGCCCACCACAGUCACUUGAUCUCAACUAUUGGAGGCUAGCGUUGUCUGAAAGUGAUUAUGCAAAUUCAAAGUCUUCAGAAAGUGUUGGGUUGUGCAAGUACAAGGGUGCUAAGGUGGUCCCUUUGAAUGAUAGUCCUAUUAAUGAGGAGGCUGAAAGAAAUGAAGUAGAAGAUGUUUCUGCAAACGAGGAUGAGUGCCAGGUUAAUCCCUUUGAACAAUAUGAUAAUUUUUUGACUGUCUUAGACAAGGAGGAUGAUUUGAGGAAGAAGUGCAAAGUGGUAGAACAGAUAAGGCACUUGCUAAAAGAUGAUGAAGAAGCCAGAAUUUAUAUGGGGGCUAAUGGCUUUGUCGAAGCAUUGCUGCGGUUUUUGGAGUCUGCUGUCCGUGCAAGGAAUGGGAUUGCUCAGGAAACAGGAGCAAUGGCUCUCUUCAAUCUUGCUGUGAACAAUAAUAGGUUUGCUCUUGUACAUUUAUACAGACGCUCUUCCAUCAUGGAGAUCUCAUUAUAGUUCAUAUUGAUAUAUUUAAUAUCGCUUAGCUUGCUGAUUCUUUAUUUCAUAUAAUUUAUAUAAAUCCAUAUAAUUAUUAUAUUUCCUGAUGUUACUAUCUGUCUCACGAAUUCUGAAAACCUGUUUUACAUUAAAAGGAAGCUAGUUACACUUAUCAUUAACAUUGAGAAAUAUCUUUAGUGUUUGGCUUAUGUCUCCUAGUGUCAUCUUUUCUAUUGGUCUGAUAUAUAUUCAGUUUUUAUAUUCCACUUGUAACUUUGAUGUUGAGACCUCACACUUGGAACCAUACUGAUAAGAUGCUCAUAGCAAGUUAUUGACACUUGAACUGAGCUUUGUAGCUGAUACAACAAAUUUGAGUCUUUUUGGUGCAAAUUAUAUUCUUGUAUCUUAGCAUCAAGGGUAGAGCCAGAAGUGUUAAUUGGGCUAAUAUGUAUGCACCCGAUAGUUGUUGAUGAAAGCUUUUUAUCCUUCAAGCUUCUGCUUCAGAGGUUUCAAUGACAUUGUUUUACAAGUGAACUUUGCUUAUGGGUGUUUAAACCAUUUAUUUGUCUAAGAUAAUUGCAAUUGAUUUCAUAUUAAAUUUAGUUGAAGUGAAAUAGUUUUAUUUAUCCGAAGAGUAUUCUACUAUUCUACAUGCUUACUUUUUACAUUAUUUAGAGCACACGU